GGGAGGAGGGCUGCGCCGCGGGCUUCGCCGGAGGGCGAGGGGCAUGAGGCAGGGGGCGAGAUGACCGUGCCGCUGCUGAAGAUCGGCGCCGUGCUCAGCACCAUGGCCAUGGUCACCAACUGGAUGUCCCAGACGCUGCCGUCGCUCGUGGGGCUCAACGGCACCGUCUCCCAGGCCGGCACCUCCGAGAGAAGCACUCUCUUCCAGAGCCCCGAUGAAGGCUGGCAGGUGUACACCUCCGCUCAGGCCCCUGAUGGCAAAUGUCUGUGCACGGCUGUCAUUCCUGUCCAGGGAAGUUGCUCAAGGGACCUGCGCAGCCGGCAGCUACGGCAGCUGAUGGAAAAACAGGUGCAAAACAUCUCCCAGUCCAUGGAGGUACUGGACCUACGGACCUACCGGGAUCUGCAAUACGUCCGUAAUACUGAGUCACUGAUGAAAGGGCUGGAUUCCAGGCUGAAAGUGGCCACAGAGAGCCAGAAAAAUCUAAAUGCCAAGAGCUUCCAGGAACUGAAGGACAAAAUGACAGAGCUGAUGCCGCUGAUCCCCGUGCUGGACCAGUACAAGUCGGACACCCGCACCAUCGUGCAGCUGAAAGAGGAGGUGAGGAACCUUUCGGGUAGCCUGCUGCAGAUCCAGGAAGAGAUGGGUGCCUAUGACUACGAGGAGCUUCAGCAGCGGGUGCUGGUCCUGGAAGCACGCUUACAUGCCUGCAUGCAGAAGCUAGGGUGUGGGAAGCUCACAGGAGUAAGCAACCCCAUCACCAUCCGAGCAUCUGGAUCCAGGUUUGGCUCUUGGAUGACAGACACCAUGGCCCCAAGUUCUGAUAGUCGGGUUUGGUACAUGGAUGGCUACUACAAAGGCCGCCGUGUCCUGGAGUAUCGUACCCUGAACGACUUCAUCACAGGACAAAACUUUGUCCAGCACCUUCUGCCUCAUCCUUGGGCUGGCACCGGCCAUGUGGUCUUCAACGGAUCCCUGUAUUACAACAAGUACCAGAGCAACAUUGUGGUGAAGUACCACUUCCGCUCGCGGAGCAUUGUCGUGCAGCGCAGCCUCAACACUGCCGGCUACAACAACACCUUCCCGUACUCCUGGGGCGGCUUUUCAGACAUCGACUUUAUGGUUGACGAGAACGGACUCUGGGCAGUCUACACCACCAACCAGAACGCCGGCAACAUUGUGAUCAGCAGGAUGGAUCCCAUGACGCUGGAGAUCCUCCGAAGCUGGGACACCGGCUACCCCAAGCGGAGCGCAGGGGAGUCCUUCAUCAUCUGCGGGACCCUCUACGUGACCAAUUCACACCUGGCAGGAGCCAAGAUCUAUUUUGCCUACUACACAAACACUUCCACCUAUGAGUACACAGAUAUUCCCUUCCACAAUCAGUAUUCCCACAUAUCCAUGUUGGACUAUAACCCCCGAGAGAGGGUCCUCUACACCUGGAACAACGGCCACCAGGUCAUCUACAACGUGACUCUCUUUCAUGUCAUAAAGACGUCAGGGGAGUUGUAAGACCGCGCGGGGUCACUCCUGAACUCUCUCCGUUCUCAUUUUAUUCAUUUUUUCUCUCUUAACCUGGUAGGGUGGGAGGGAUGCACACUGUGGCCUACAAACUGGGUGGCCAGGGAAGACUCCAUGAUGCUGUUAUUUCUACAUAAUAAAAAUGAGAUUUCGUCUGUUUCUCUCUUUCUCACUCUUUUCCUCUCUGCCUCUCUCUCUCUCUCUCUUUCUCUCUCUCUCUUUCUCGUGGUUGAUGAAGCAUGGCUCUGGUUUGGGACUUCUUUGGGCCAGGGGUGGGGGGGAGGAGGCUGAUAUUUUCAUUAGUAUUAAUAUUAUUAUUAUUUUUGUAUUGCUUUUAUUUUACCUCUUGGCUGGUGGCGGAAUAAAGAUGAUCUAGUUGAGGUUGGACGUUUGGGUCCUUCUUAACUCACUGAGUGCCACUGGUAGAAGAAAAGGUUCAGGUUUGUUCAGGCUUGCCGCCUUUGACAUAAGCUCCCUGGCGGGUCCCAACUAGAGCAGACCUAAUGAAUCCAAGCCCUGCUCUUGUGUAAAUUCUAUUGACUCUACGAUUAUGGUUUAAUUGGAACAAUUAGAUUCUGAAUUUUCUUGAAAUGUUCCAAAGCAGCACAAGUGGAAUUUCUAUGGCUACCUCAUGCAAGGAAGCUACUUGUUAACUAGACUGGCGCCACCUAGGGAUGCCUCAAAAAUUCAAUCCUGCUGAUACGUCUUGAACUAAUUCUGUGUUGGGGAAGUUUUCUUUUCUUUUCUGAACUAACUCGAUUUUUUUUUAAUUGAAUGUAUUGGGCCCAUGAUUUAUGAGCCUAUUAGCAAAAUGUGUACAUAUCUUUUUGAUUUCCCAUUAUUGAAGAAAAACCGCGAACGGAAGAUUCUUUUCUCCCCCUUUUGCAAUUAUGCACA